CGUAAGGCCUACGUGGCUGGGGAGGUUCCGCUGGUUAGUGUGUUAGCUGCGAGGGACUCCGGGCGCGGCCUGUUUGUCUCCUUUAGCUCCGGCAACGCGGCUCAGGCGCCCGCUACAACCCGGCCGUCGCUGAACAUGGAUUCCGCUGGCCAAGACAUCAACCUGAAUUCUCCUAACAAAGGUCUGCUGUCUGACUCCAUGACUGAUGUCCCUGUCGACACUGCCCGGACUCUUGCUGUUGAAGGCCUAACCGAGGCUGAGGAAGAGGAGCUCAGGGCUGAGCUCACCAAGGUGGAAGAGGAAAUUGUCACCCUGCGCCAGGUCCUGGCAGCGAAGGAGAGGCACUGUGGCGAGCUCAGAAGGAGGCUGGGCCUUUCCACGUUGGGGGGUCUGAAGCAUAACCUGUCCAGGAGCUGGCAUGAUGUGCAGGUCUCCAACGCCUAUGUGAAAACUUCUGAGAAACUUGGAGAGUGGAAUGAGAAAGUGACCCAGUCGGACCUCUACAAGAAGACUCAGGAGACACUCUCUCAGGCAGGACAGAAGACUUCAGCUGCCCUGUCCACAGUGGGCUCUGCCAUCAGCAGGAAGCUGGGAGACAUGAGGUCUCAUCCAUUCUCACACUCCUUUAGCAGCUACUCCAUCCGCCACUCCAUAAGCAUGCCAGCCAUGAGGAACUCUGCAGCUUUCAAGUCGUUCGAAGACCGAGUCGGGACCAUGAAGUCUAAGGUUGUGGGUGACAGAGAGAACAGCAGUGACAAUCUUCCUUCCCCAGCGGGGAGUGGCGACCAGCCCCUGUCAGAUCACGUGCCUUUCUAAGCCCACGGUGGUCUCAUCCGGCCACAGAGCAAGUGCGUGCACACUCUCCUCUUCAUAGCCAAGGCUCUGCGCUGCACAAUGGAGCGGCCAGCGUGGGCAAGUGGACAGAGCUGGCUAGAAGACAGUUGUGCCCAUCCACACAGAGAUGUGGCUGCUGCGUUCGCAUGAUUUAGAGAACACAGUCUUGUACACGGAUGUUUUACACUAAAGUUCGUAGAUGAAACACAUCACUGUGCCAUCCUUCCUGGGGUGCAGGCGGUGGACAGGGUGGAGGAUUUGGAGGGUGUUGAGCCAAAGCCCAGACUCUCUUCAGCUUCUGUUAGCUCAUCAGAAUAUCGAAGGGUUAAAGAGUCAUUUCUACAGACAAAGUGGCAUUUUCUUACCUUCUCCUCCCCUGACUCACAGAGGUAAUAUAAUCACCCAGAAAGCCACCCACCUGAUCUGAAAUUUUUGAUCUCAAAAUGCUGAAUGAAGAAACUGUUCCUUUUCUGAGAGCCCCCCACCCCCACCCCGAAAGGAAACUGAUUAUCACAGCAGCUACCUGGUUGUUACACUGAGCUAGCUGUGACAAGAGCAAAUUCAUUAUUUUUUAAAUGCAGUGGACUUUUCAAAAUUAAAAUUAGACAAAUAACUUUAGUCUCAGUUAGCUAGAGAAUAUUAUUUCUUUUGACUCAAGCUGAAAUACAAGCCUUAAAUUGCCAUAUGCUUUCUUCAUGAUUUUUUAAUAUAUAAAAAUGAGGAUUCUUUAAUAGGCUGUGAGUACUGUAUACAAUUUAUGUUUAGCCCACCUGGCAGCUGCCUGUCCCAACUGAUGUGCUUUAUUUCCCUAAUAUUCCAUCCCAGUGGCAGCUCCCACUGGCUGCCUACCCUGCCCUGAAGGGCCCCUAGGAAAAGCCCCCAUCUUGGGGAGAGGUGAGCCCCCUUCACAGAACUGCCUGUGUGCUAGCCAGUGGCUCCAGCCAGUCACUCCAUGUAGGGUAAUGAAAAACAGAAUUGACCCCACAGGUUGGGUCAGGGUAGGUGUUGGAUGAGCCAGGACUCUGCUGUCAGCUUUUCUCAAGAGCUACAAAGAUCUCUUUCCUGUUUUUAAAUUGUCACGACCACAGCCUUUCUUGCAUCAGGACCCUGCAAGUCAGGAGGUAUGGUCUGCAGGGGCAGCUCUGUGCCUUGGUGGCUCUUAGGGCACCGAGAUCUUGCCCUCUCUGCAGGCUGAGCAGUCCCUGGACAGGAGGGAUGAUGGGCUGAAGGUAUCCUCUGGUAACUAAAUGGCCUGGGCCAUCUCGGCCUUGGGAAGACAAAUACACAUAAGAGUGCAGGGGCCCAGGAAGAGCGCUGCUUGGGGCCCUUGCAGGGUGUGGAGUGCAAUGAGGAGGCAGCAGCUGUAGAGGUGGGAGCUGAUGUAUCUUCUUAACGUGAAUAAUGGGUAACUUGUCAAUAAAGCAUUCCUUUGGGCAA